GUGUACUUUAAUCAAACAUACCACAGAACUCUAUUCUCUUUGGAUCUAGAGGAUAUUCCACAAGGAACUUGUCUUAUUUUCUUUUAAAACUGCUCAAAAGUUUUUUAACAAUCCUCACGACUGUAGUGAACUUCCACGUUUCCUGGAGGUCGAUUCCAAGAAGUUGGUUUAAAACUUUCUGUAGCUGUGUCGAAGACCGCUGCAGUGGAUUCAUACUGAGAAUAACGGUCAUCAAGCUCUCAAGAUGCCACGUUCGUUUUUGGUGAAGAAGUAUUUUACAAGCAAGAAGCCGAACUAUAGUGAACUGGAGAGCCAGAAUGAUCCAAUCUCUGCCAUGGUACCAGAGCGCUACCCGCUUGCAGAACUACCAACCAAAGAAGACGGUUCGCUGGUGACCACCUACACUUCGGCUCUUGUAUGGACCACAAAUGCCCUUCCGCUUUCCUUCCCUCCUUCAUCCCCUACAACCCCGUCCUCCAUCGCUCCACUGGACCUCAGUUCUCCAUCCAGCUCGGGUGAGGAAGACGAAGGCAGGACUUCCGACCCCCCGAGUCCUGACCCAUCGGACCGUUUCCAGUGCGCCCACUGCGGGAUUUCCUGCAGCAGCCGAGCAGCACUUUCACGCCACCAGCUCUCGCAUUGCAGUGCAGGCACCAACGCUAACCUGGUUGAAAAUGCCAACAUGACCGACAGCACUACAACAAGAGCUGCCUUCCGGUGCAAACACUGCCCCAAAGAGUACAACAGUCUGGGAGCUUUGAAGAUGCACAUCCGUUCACACACACUUCCGUGCGUCUGCACCACCUGUGGCAAGGCCUUCUCCAGACCGUGGUUGCUCAGGGGCCACAUUCGUACCCACACCGGUGAGCGUCCGUUUUCAUGCCCUCACUGUAACCGGGCUUUUGCCGACCGCUCCAAUCUGAGAGCUCAUCUUCAGACCCACUCAGAGGUGAAAAAGUACCAGUGCGGCACCUGCUCUCGAACCUUCAGCCGCAUGUCACUCCUACACAAACACACCGUCUCCAGCUGCUGCCCAAAUGCCUAGACGCUCUCAAACAUGGCCAAAGAUGGAGGUUAGCGUUUAACCACCAUCCUGUCGUCUGAGUCUGAUCCUGACAUGGUGGAUGAACUCAGGUUAAAAGCGACAAGCGAAAAAUAUCCGCUCGAUCGAACCCCCCAAAAAUGUCUGAAGUGCCUUAUGUUGUGUUUAUUUUUCCUUACUGGGUUUCAUAGCGGACAAAGACAGAUUCAGGCAAUGUUGCACAAAUGCUGCGAAAUGUUUUCCUAACCCAGUUCGAUCAAGGUUAACAGUGGGGGUUGUGUUCUGCAGUUGGGCCGUGCGCCUCAUUCUCAAGAUGCCCGUUGGUGCCGGCUGGUCCGGCCCUUUCCUUUAGCAUGCAGCUGCUGGAGAGGGGGAUGUGUGUGUGUGUGUGUGGGUCUGUGUGUGUGUGUGUGUGUGUGUGUGUGUGUGUGUGUGUGUGUGUGUGUGUGUGGUAUAAAAGGAGGGGGGUAUCUCUCACCAUGCUCCACACACUUUGCAGCGAUGUAUUGGGACAGCUGUGUGAGCGGAGGCGGCGUGUCGACAGACGUUUCAGCUCCGUAGAGCUUUCCACACAUCUCUGAAAAAAAAGAGCAAUAAACUCUGUCAGAUUGUACCAACACUCAUCCCUAAUGCCUUUCAUUUCCAAACAUUUGUAUCAUGUCUCUGAAUGUUUACUCUUUUUUUUUUACUCAAAUAAAAUGUUAAGUGUGCACUAAAGUGUUGAAAAGCACAAUGAUGUUAGAGGAAGUGACAAUGGAACGAUUGGUCGGUGCCAUCAUUUUAAAUAUAAUAUAAAAUUGUAAGAUAUGCACUGAGGAUGGAAAACGUUGCUUUUUCAAUUCAUCAGUGGAAACGGUUAAAUGAGCUUAAAUGAAACAGCUUUAUUUGCAAAGAAACCAAAGAUGACUUCUGUGACCUUUUGUCUUUUUUUUUGUAAAAAUACAUAAAAUGCUGAAUUGGUCAAUGGAAACUCUUCAAGCCGCAGUGAGAUAAUCUGCCUGUACAUGUGCCUUUUUCUUCUUAAACAUUGUAUAUAUAUAUAUAUAU